AUGGAGGAUUCAGUCGGGGCGACCAUGGUGUUCGAACCCAAGGACUACGAGGAGCAGUUCAACGGCGAGGCCUACCUACAACACUUUUACUCCAAGUAGGUUUGGUUUUAUGUUUGGCUUGAUGUUUAUACGGUUUAAGUAGGAUUUUUAGUAUAGGCAAGGGUGGGACAGUAAUAUUUGUAAUUUAGGCGAGGAUGAGAGAGUAAAGUCUGUUAUGUUAGACCUUUUGAACCCAACCUCAAUAUAACACUACUUUUUAUAUAUACUGUACACCACCAUUUCAGAGACGCCCUCCAAGACGGUACCCGACUUUGUCUCUUUGCCCUCCCCACCUUCGCCGCCCUUUUAGAGAAGACCUGUCCUCCAGAACAACGACUACGACUACUAGAUGUUGGUGCUGGUCCCACCGUAUAUUCAGCAGUUUGUUUUCGAAAUGUUGUUGAUCAAGUGUUCCUGUCCGACUUUCUGCAACAAAAUCUAAAUCACUUACAAGAUUGGGUCUACGAGCGACGAGCUUUCGACUGGGAACCUGUCAUCAGGACUAUUGCACGGUAGGGGAAGGCUUUUUUUUAUUUUAGAAGGGAUUUUUUGAAUAUUUAAAAUAUUUUUGGAUAUUUGCAACGUACAUUUAAAAAAUUCUUCAACUAAAGAAAUAUUUUUAAAAUUAAAAUUUUAAAAAUAUUUUGUCAAAUUUUCUACUUUUAACAAUUUCAGAUGCGAAGGUCAAGAUCCCUACCCGAAUCCGUGUGAAAUAAUGGAACGAGAAGCCAGAAAUGCCGUUCUGAAAGGUGGCAUUCUGAAAAGUAAUGUGCAUGAACCUGGAGUACUAAAAGUACCAGAAAAAUUGGAUGUCUUCGAUGUCAUUGUCUCCGUAUUUUGCUUAGAAUCCGCUUGUACAGAGCACGAUGAAUACGAAAAAGCUUUUGCUAACAUGGUGAGUCGUUUUGUUAUAUUAUUCUGCCUGUUUCUACGUGAUUUUAGGCCUAGUUUUAGCAUUUUUUCUGGUUUUUAAUGCAAAAUUUAUUAGAAAUGUUCAAAAUUAUAAAAAUACGAUGUACCUUUACGUAUUUUACGUCUAUACAAAGUGUUUUUACGUAUUUUAAGACCAAAAAACAAUAAAACUAUCUUUCUUAAGUACUCUUUAAGCACCAAUAUUUAAUUUUCUGCCUAACGUCUUACUAUUGUUUGUUUAACUUUGUCAUAGUUGACAUUAUAAGUGGUAUCAUACAAAAAAACAGUUGAUCAUUCAUUUUUGUUCAAACAAAAAUUGCAAGAAAUUUAAAGGAACCGUUCAUUGAAUUUUUUUGAAUGAAAUUUCUUCGCGGGUUUUUCAAUGUUUUCGAUUAACUUUUUGAGAAUUUUCAUUUUGAAAAAACAUUUUCAUUUUAUUUAUUUCUUUCGAACGCGGUUGAAUAUAUUGAACCAUAUUGAGGUUUUCUGUUUAUAUUUCACUACUUUCACUUUAUUAUUCUACAUAUUGAUUGUUCUAAACUGUAAAAACAUAUUCCUUACCAUAAUGAAACCAUUUUCAAACUUUUAGUUCAGUAAAACUUUUAAAGAAUAGAGUUGGUCUUACUUUACCAUAAGUUUAAAAAUGUCAGGUUUCGUUAGAGGGUAAAAAGCAGCUAAUUCGACGUCAAAAGUAAGUAUUUCAGUGUUUUUUUCGUUUUUAGGACUUUAGGCCACAGAUAAUGAUGGUGUUAUCCUUGAGGUAACCGAACGCCUGAACCCACAGCCAACAACCUCUUCAAACACGUGGCCUCAUUAGUCUUACAAUUUGCGUAUCUUCAGUAAAAUAAUAUUAUUUGUUGAUGUCAGAAUGUAUAUUUACCCUCAAAUGGAUUGUUUCACCUUCUUGUUAUUAAUAAACCCUUCGCAAGGCUAGGUAUUGGUGGUUUCGAGGUGAAAAGGCGGGGUAUCGUGGGUUUUUUGAUGCGCUAAAGUUUUGAAUAGGUAAGAUAUUGUAGUAUAUGGCCUGUAUAGUAAUUUAAGACUAAGCAGUGAUGGGUAAGAUACUUUUAAGCUGUUAAAACACUAAAUAUCUAGUAUAAUAUCGCCUAUAAAGCUUCAGAAGAGAAAGGUUUGUUUCUUAGGUGUUGUGAUAUUUUAAAGGUCUGAAUAGGUAUGAAAUGUUAACUAUUGUACUAACAACAAUGCCACCGUACUACACAAUACAUUUGACAACAUAUACGGAGUCGCUUUUUGAAAACACUUAUGACAUUAAACAACUCAAAAAGUAUCUCUCUUAUGAACAAAAUUUAAAUUUUUAAAAAUUUUACAGCAUUACUAGUCAUUUGGACAAAAAAUCAUACUAAACUGUGCAUCGGCAGCCACAUCGCGUUAAUAUUCUGUAGCUCAACCGCAAUUUUAAUAUUUUUUAGCCAGUAAAUGUGAUCUAAAGUUCUGAAAACGAAAAGACACUGAAAUACUUACUUUUGACGUCGAAUUAGCUGCUUUUUACCCUCUAACGAAACCUGACAUUUUUAAACUUAUGGUAAAGUAAGACCAACUCUAUUCUUUAAAAGUUUUACUGAACUAAAAGUUUGAAAAUGGUUUCAUUAUGGUAAGGAAUAUGUUUUUACAGUUUAGAACAAUGAAUAUGUAGAAUAAUAAAGUGAAAGUAGUGAAAUAUAAACAGAAAACCUCAAUAUGGUUCAAUAUAUUCAACCGCGUUCGAAAGAAAUAAAUAAAAUGAAAAUGUUUUUUCAAAAUGAAAAUUCUCAAAAAGUUAAUCGAAAACAUUGGAAAACCCGCGAAAAAAUUUCAUUCAAAAAAAUUCAAUGAACGGUUCCUUUAAAUUAUUGUUAAAUUCAAAAGAUAAAUUUUUGAACAUUCUAACAAAACAAAUUUUCACAAUAUGUUAUAUGAAGCUGAUCGUUUUGAAAAAAAAAUAGUUAUGCCGUCAUUCUGUUGUUAAUGUUUCAUUACUGAUAAUUAAUAACCCACUUACUGCUUUUCUCUUCUUCUUUGAAAGGCUUAGUUGUACGUUGCAUGUGACUAGCUUAAGCUAAACACACUUUAUUGUCAUCUUAUUAAAAAUCGGUCGUUACAAAAAAGAAAACAGAUUUAUAAUGGACCGUUUUAACGCUCAUUAAAAAUUUAUCGUCAUGUUACUUAAAGCUAAAAUUGGAAACUAAACAUUUGCACACUUUAUUGAAACAAAUGUGAAUAGAUUUCAACGUUUCUUGUAACGAACCGAGUAAUCGUCGUUGUUUGGUUUUACUUCAGAUUGACUAUCAUCGCCCUCGAUACUAUCCACAUCAUACAUAGUCUCAUCUUUGUGCGACAUCUUGCUUGUAUCUAUUGGUCUGUUGGUUUCUGGAUUUGACAGGGGAGCAGGUUUGACUUGAGCUUUUUCUGAAUUUGCGACUUUCAGCUUUAGAGGUUGGUCGAUCUGCCGGCUUCUUGUCUUGAUUCUGGGCUGCCUCAAUCUAGAGUUAAACAAUUUUAAAAAAUUACACUAAUAAAAGAUUUUACAUUUUUAUGAUUAAUUGCGGAGAAAGAUACAUAAAUUAUAUAUCAUAGCCGUUUUCAACAAAAAAAACCCACCGACUCUCAAAUUAUCUGACUUCCGCUUCCGACUGUUUACUUUUGCAAAGCAAAACGUUUUUUCGACAGGUCGGUGGAAAUUUUUUAAAAAUGAAUAAAAUUGUUUUUUAUUAUGAUAGUUGAUCUUACUACCCGACGUAAAUAUAAAAAUAUUUGAAAAGCUGUGUAUGAUGAAUGUUUUUCAAAGUUUUUUAGAAGCGUAUUUCUAUUACCAUAUGAUAGGUUUGUUAUACACGUUUAUAUGAUGUCACAGUAAAAACCAUUUUAGUUGUUUUUGCUAGUAAUUUUGUUAUAUUAUUCUGCCUGUUUUUACGUGAUUUUAGGCCUAGUUUUAGCAUUUUUUCUGGUUUUUAAUGCAAAAUUUAUUAGAAAUGUUCAAAAUUAUAAAAAUAUGAUGUACCUUUACGUAUUUUACGUCUAUACAAAGUUGUACAGGGUUAGAGCACCCAGAAGCUAUAUGCAGGGUUGAACCACCCGGGGCGAAUCGGGAAUUACGUCCGUCUGGGAGAGAGAAGACUCAUCAACCAGUAAUGUACGACAAUAUAAGUCGUACUCAAACCAACAAUCAAUCAAAUAACUGUAAGAAACAGUUUUACAAACAAUCAAGCAAUAAGCAAUGAGUUAAUCUCCAGUCACUUCAAACAAUCAAAGCCAAUCAAAAUAAUAUCAAAGUUUAUGAUUCAAACCAAACAAGAUCAUGCAAACCAAAUAAAGUAAAUCAAAUCAAACAAUAUAAUUAAUUAAAAGUAUUAAACAAAUUCAAUAUCAAACGUACAAACAACAAUGGCUUCGAACGAGACACUCAAGGCUCUCUAGACUGCGGAGAAAUCCGUGAUCGCCACGAAUUAGGUCGGCCUUUUGGCACGAACGUUUUCGUGGUGGGAUCCACGGACAAAAGUGUUUUUACGUAUUUUAAGACCAAAAAACAAUAAAACUAUCUUUCUUAAGUACUCUUUAAGCACCAAUAUUUAAUUUUCUGCCUAACGUCUUACUAUUGUUUGUUUAACUUUGUCAUAGUUGACAUUAUAAGUGGUAUCAUACAAAAAAACAGUUGAUCAUUCAUUUUUGUUCAAACAAAAAUUGCAAGAAAUUUAAAAAAAACAUUUUUUUAUUUCAAAAAAAAAAUCUUUUUUUUAAGUUGCAAAAAAUAGCUUAAAAGUUCAAAUUACUGUAAACUCCGUCAGACUUUGAAAUUAGUGUUUGUCAAGUGACAAAAGAUAUCAAUGUCACCAUUGUUUCGUUUUUGCAAACCUUUUGAACACCAGCUAUUGUUAACAAAGACAAAGGACCGCAAGCACGUUCAGAAGAUAAUUAGGCUAAAAUUAAGUUUAAAGUAGUUAAAAAUGUACGUUCAAAACUAAAAAUUACGCUUUCUUGUUUUUCAUUUAAUAUGUCAUAAAUUGUAGUUUGAUAAGCCAUAUUACAAUAGCAAUCUCUAUUUCUAAUCGAGAUUGUUAAUUCAGUUUGACAAGUUUUAAACUAACUAUACCCUAAUUACAGUAUCCAUAGAAAAAUAACAUUAGAUAGGCGUCUUUUUGUCAUAAAACCAAUCAUACUAAUUUAUGUGACAUGUGUUUGCCAGUGUAAUAACCAAAGUUUAUAAAUAAGUAAUGGUUUCCGACCGAAUAGUUAUAUACAAGUUCAUUCGACGAAACAUGGCCGAAUACAUUAGGAUGACUAAAUUAAUGUCUGAUCCAUGUUGUCACAACACAUGGUAUUGGUUUGUAUGACAUAUGGUAAUAAGAUUGGGUUUGGAAUGAUUGGUUUAGACCGGCUUUAGAAUUAGGUCUAGUAUUAAGGGAAUGUGUUGUCAUAACAAGAUACCAAAUGUCAUUAAGGCUUGAAAACAUUCUUUUCAUGUCUCACACACAUAAUUUACAUCAAUAUAUGCAAAGUAAACCAAGGUUUCUGAAGAUAUUUACAUAGAAACCCCCAAAUGAACACUAAAUCUCAUGUUAUCCACCCAUUAUAAUCCCAUGUUAUUCACCCAUUACCCACACAAUGUUUUCAGACGUCGCUUCUCCGUCCAGAAGGCUAUCUAAUUAUCGGCUCUGUGAUUGAUGACGACUGCUAUACGUCCGGGAUUAACGCCGAUGGUCGUGCCACUUUCUUUACAUUGUUAUCACUGACAGACGAACAAGUAUUGGGAGCCUUCGAACGGAAUCACAUUGACAUUGUACACAGAUUGAGCUUACCGAACGAGGGCGUUUGCUUUCUGAUGGGUAGAAAGCGAGCUUUCUGA